UUGUCGUUAUAAGCUAACGAAGCUAGAAAACUUUAGCUAACGGUUAUCUGUUACACUCUUAAAGGAACAGUCAGAGUUUGGUUAGUAAAUAAUUAUUUUGACCUGGUCGAUCGCUUACUACAUAGAUAAUAGCUGUUCAGUGUUCAGGUGCUAAAAUAUAAUAAUUCACACACUCGAUGUGACUAACCUUUAGCUAGCUAGGUAAUAGGUGUAGACAAACGAGUUAUUCGUGCAGUGUUGCUCAUUCUGACACUACAGCAUAAUAUUGCAAGUAUUUCCAGGUAACGUCUGGAUGUGAUGGCGCCUCAUCAGGGGAUCACAUUCCAGGUGGAGGAACUGAUUGACCAGGCUUUGAAAUACGACUUCAGGGCUUUGGAGGAGUUUUUACUAAACGAGACCAGAGAGGGUAUUACUUCUAAAUGCUCCAAACAAUUCAUGUCAAAACUGGACAAAUUAAUUAACAGGGAACUGGAGCAGCAGAAUGUAAAGAAUGCCUCUGUGGUAUUUACCAUCUUUUACAAAUUGGGAAACACACUGGUCUUUCCGGGGGGUAGAGGUAUAUCGCUGAUGGUGUCCCAAGGACUUGUAAAAAAGAUGGUACAGUGGUUUGAGAAAGUCAGAAAGAUAUGGCUUGAAGCUGGACCAAGGAGGAACGAGCUGCUUAUAACCUUAGCUGAAGACUUCUUUGACGCAUUGAUGGUUGUUCAUGAAAGUUGUAAAGAGGGUACUUUUCAAGUUACAGAAUACCUGCUUCAUCAAAUUGGGAAGUUAGCCUCUGAUCUCCGGAUUAACAUUCUAAUUCAAAAAGAGGCAGUGAGGAAGCUUAAUAUGAUAUUACGAAUGAUCCCGUUGGAAUUGAAGAAAGAGAAAAAAAUCUUGUCAUCACAACAGGCAUCAAAUGUCAUGAAUGAUUUGGCUAGUCGAAUCCUCAAAGGAGGAGAUUAUGAUCUCCAGGUGGCUUUGAUGGAGGCUUUGUGUAGAAUGACUUCUCGUGCCCAGCGAAGGGAGUUGGCUGAUCAGUGGUUCGGCAUGGAAUUUGUUGCCUCUGCAUUCACCAAGAUUCAGGACUCAGAGUUUGAGACUGAUUGCAGAAAAUUUUUGAAUCUAGUCAAUGGAAUACAGGGUGAUGAUCGAAGUGUUUACUCCUAUCCUUGUCUUAAGGUGUUUUUGGACAAGCAUGCGUUGCUCAUGCCUGUGGAUGAGAAUCUCAAUGAGUUCUGGAUUGACUUCAAUCUAGGAAGCCAGAGCAUCUCCUUCUAUUGUUGUUUUGCUGAUGAUGAGGAAAGCCAGUGGGACACUCUUUGCAUAACAGAAAAUGAAGUCCACAGUUACACAGUGGAAGAAGAGGAAGGUAUUAAAGUGCUGCAGCUGGCUUUAACUGAGCCAGUGUGUCUGAGCAGUAUUCAGGGCACCAGACUCAACAUUCACUUCAGUUCUUCCUUAGACAUCCUGAACACCACAAAGAAGGUCUAUGGGGAAAACAAGAAUAAAAGGUUUAUUGGAAAGACCACCACAUCUGUGGUAAAAACUGCUGUUCAAAUAAUUUUGGAUGAAGGAGGCUCACAGGUUCUUUUUCCGGAGAGUCAGGGCUCAUCUCAGCACUUGGAAAAAAAUGUACCAUCUUCAGUGAGGAGUGACACUCAAUUGCUGACAUCCCAUGAGAAAAAUUCCAGAAACAUCAACCAGCAGAUGAUGACCCCAUUGAUGAACAAAGUGUCAGAGUCAUGUAUGUACAUCUCUGGCAGUGCGGGACGUAAACUUGGCAGAAGCCCAUUUAGCUGUGUGUUGCCUGCAUCCGCUUCAGGGAAGUCAAAGAUGAAACCUGCUCUAGAGAUGGUGGGCCCAGAUAUAAAACACGGCCGGGAAGGUCAACAAGUGACGGAAAAAUACCGCCGACAUAUUCCUGUAGAGAAAGUUUUGGAAAUGGUGCAGACUGACCAAGAGCCCCAAGAAGAGCCUUUGGAUAACAGCAUAGUUCUAGACACUCAGCCAGCUGUGUGGAGGGAAACCUCUAUAUUUUCAAGUCCUAGCUGCCUUAACAGGAAGAGAGUUUCUGUGUCUGGUUCAUUAUUUCCAUGUCAACAUCCUUCACAUCAGUCCAAAUCAGAGCCACCACAGCAGUCACUGCCAGCCCAGAGGAGCUCUGGUGGACUGAGCCACAAAGAGCUACAUGCUCAGCUAACUCAAAGACUGGAGCAGGUGCUGAGAGAGCGUGAGCAGCAAGAGCAAAACCCCCCAGAGAUUAGAGCUGCUGAAAAAGAGACUGGACUUGUGAAAAAGCCACAGGGACCAACCCCAACUGAACAGAGUGGAUGGGCUAAGGGCAGUGGGGCUGACAGAAGCAACAAUACGAAGACAAAGAAAGCAGCCGAAAGCAUGGUGAAGCAAAUCAAAAACCAUUACAAUCAGACUGGCUUUAGAACAGUAGCACAGGAGCAGGUUUCCUGGUUUAACACUGUACCAACUAACAGAUACUCUUUCAACAAGAGCUGGUGUCCAAGUUCAGUUGCCAGGAUUUCUGCUCAUACACAUGACCUUUUAAAGCCAUCAUCAGCAUAUGAGUCUAAGGGAGCAUCAAAUCAGAAUAAGGACGUAUAUGCAUUUGGUCUAGAUGCUCCAGAACUCAGUAAGAAAAAAAGUAGGAAGUCCUCUGAAAUGUCUGGAAUGAACAGCAGCAGUUCCCUCACUCUUUCCAGCACCUCUAAGAAGUGUCUUCCUGUCAAGCUUGCAGGUCGUCAUGUGAAGAAGCAUCUGUUCAGUGACACUGAUACCGACAUGACUGAAACUAGCUGGCUUAACUCAGCCAACAGGAGACCUAAGCCUAAAUUGGCGGACUACACAAGAAAGCCGGUUAAAUCCACUCAUCCUCCUUCAAACAUCACAUUUGAAACUUCAAAAAUGGACAUUCCCUCAACAAAGUCGGCAAAAGCGUUGUCUAAAAUGAAGAGGAAAAGGCAGAAAAAGGUGGUUGAAGAAAAGCGUAAGACAAGCAAGGAUGUUGCUAGCCCAAAACCCACAGACAGACCCCGAAGAGCCACAGUUUUUAACAAAUCCUACAGAGAUUUGUCUGACUCUCAGAGUGAGUCAGAAACCAAUGAACCACCUCCAGCAAAGAAGUUUAUCGCCAAACAAACAGAAAAGUCUCAGAGGAUGGCUUCAGUUCAGAACAGGGCUGCUACAGUUGAACCACCUAUCAAAAAAAACUGUAAACUCAGGUCAAGGACAGUCCCUAAAUCUUUAAAUGAAGAACAGGAAAAAGAAUUUUCUAACCAUGAAAAAUCAACACAUAAGGAGAUAAUUACAACAGUUCUGGGGUCAACCAAAGGACAGGAAAGUGUGUUUCCCCCUAAACCUCCUUCUUCUCAUGCCCCUUCUCUUCCCUCUAACACAGCGGCAAUAACAAGUACAGCCAUACUGAGAUCAGCUCUUGGUCCAGUGGUUCCUCUGUGUAAGCAACCACAGACACCUCAGGUGCUUCAGUCUUCCUCUGUCCAAGGCAUAGUACAAGAACGAAAUAAAGAUAUCCAUUCGGACCAAACUGAUAAGGAGAAUAAACAACCAGGAAAAUACAGUACCCAUUCAGUAAUGGGUAGCAAGCUAAUGGAGAAGAAAGAGGUCAGUGAAGUCUUGGGUUUUAAACAGUCACUAAACAAGAAGAAAGUGCUUUCUUCCACAUCGACAAAACAAAGUUGGGCUUCCAAACGCACAGAUUUCUACUGUUCGCCAUUCUCCAUUGAGAAGAUGAGAUCUGCAGAGACGAAUGCAUCUGUACUUCAAUCUCCUUCAACACCACCCCAACCUUUGUGCAUCUCUCCUGUUGGUGCCCCUCCUUUGGGGUUGCCUAGUCAUCUCAGAGGGAUCCAAGCAUCUUCUUUCUAUAGGACUCCAGGAGGACUGGAUAGUGCCUCAUGUUUUCCUCACUCUUUUGUAACCCCAGUUCUUCAGAGGCAGACUGCUCAAGAGAGUUCUAGGCAGCCAUUUGUUCCCCCGCUUAUUGCCUCUACUGGUAGGGAGAAAAGUUCUUCCCUGCUCAACUCUCCAGCUCUAGAAGAAGAACUUAAGGGCUUUCUAAACAGCACCAGUCAAGGUGCCCUUCAGGCAUCGUUUGACAAAGAUUCUAUCUCUUUGAUGACAUUAAGCCAAUCAUCACACACAUCUGUGAAAAAUAUGUCUGUAAUCUGCACUGAACUUGAGAAAACACCUGAAUCUGAUCAGGGAGGCAGUGUUGAAAAGGCAGAAUCAGGUCCAGCAACCACUCGCUCUUGGCACAGCUCAUGCAGUUGCACAAGUCUGUCUGAAGGAGAUGAAAGUGAAGAUGAAGACAAGACAACUAAAACUGGGCCCAGUGAACUCGCUGUUAGAAUGAAGCCAAGAAAGUUGUUUAAACCUAAUACCACGAAAAAAGGCUCUAAACAACCCAUACAAGUUGGCAGCAUUGCAGAGGAGAAGGAACCAGUUACUGAAGAUAUGAGAAUGCGGUCCACAGUGGUGUCGAGCUGUUGGGAGGCCAGUGUGAAGGGAGAUAUGGAUCUUGUACAUUCUGAAGUGAGCACAUCUCAGGAGAUGGGCUAUGUCUGCCGCCAAUUCAGCUCUGAGUUAAAGAGAAAAUUUGAGAACCGUUUAAGGAGAAUGGACCACUUCACCAAACAGUCUUUAAAGACCUGCAAGCAACAUGUUUCCACUUUAACCAUGAAAGUACAACAGUACAGGUCUCAGAGACUGGAGACAGUUAAACGAGUUCUGAUGGAGGAAAUUAAAAACAUGGAACAAGAUGAAACAUCUCUGAAGAACAUGGAAGCAGAGCUGACUGCUUACUGGAAGAAGCAAGCUCUGGCUUUCCAUUCUUACCAGGAAAGAGAAACACAAAGGCUAAAUAAUUUAAAAAGCACAAUUGAAACAAACGCAUGCCGAAACCUGGACUAUGAGGAGCAGAUCUUUUUUUCACAGAUGCAUUUGAUGAAGAAAGACAUGAAAUCUGUGCAGGAUCACUUAUGCAGACAGAUGCAUGAGAAUGAGUUGCAAAGUGUACGUAGAGGACUACAGACUUUGUUCCUUUCUGACGUCCCUGUGUUUUUACCGUAGAAGCCAACAGAAGGAUUUGGUUACAAGUAAUGUUUAAGAUGUUUAAAUACAUGUUCUUAUUUCUCAGCAGUUUAGGUUUAAUAUAAUUUGGAAUUGCUAAGUCAUUUAAAAUGUUAAGUAUUUAUUGUUUUCAAUUUGUAUCUUAUUUGUUACGUUCCUGUUGGACAGAGUUGUGGUUUUAACACAGUGAUUUUAAAUACGAAUAAUGAAUAGCUGUAACAAAAAAAAAAAUCGUAUGAAAGAAACAGUUGUAAAAACAUAUAAAAUGUAAAAAAAAAUUUAUUUGUGAAUAAACCCUUGACACUUACAUUCAGUCCCCAAAUUUAUGUUUACUUGUCAGAUACUAAAUAAAACAACAAAACAUAUAUUCACAGCAGUAACGCAUGACAGGAAUGGGAAGUUGUCCUUUUACACUACAGAUCAAAAAUGUUUUAGCUAGUGCCUUUGGUGUAAUCUCCAUCUUAUUAUUUUUAUCAAUACCUAAUGUCAUUACUACAACACUGCAGUAUGAACAAUGAGUUCAUAGGAUG